CAGCAACCUCUUGAACAACCAACGUGCCAAACGCAUUGCAUUGUGGGAAACGUGUCCGCACGUUGACAUUGGGGAUACAGCGCCAGCGAUUUCAAGGACCAAGCUCUAGACUAGCCAAUCUUUCUGGAGAAGGACAGGUCAGUCAGGAUGGGUGCCACUAUGUCCAGUCCUGCUCCACCCACAGUGAAGGCCGAAGCUAUGAUGGCCUCACCCCCUCCUGCGUUUGGUGUUGGCGUGGCCCCACCACAGGGCUGUCCUAUGCACCAGGCACAGGAACCAGUCAAAGCAGUUGCCCCUCCAUCAGAGUGCCCCAUGCACCAGGCCACUGCUGCUGCCCCUACAGAAGAGAAGCUUGCUGCUGCAGCAGGGCCAGUGCACCAGGACCGGGCAUAUGAGUUUGUGGAGUGUCCUAUGAAGGCAGCAGCAGCUGGACAGGGCCAGACUGACAUUGACCCCGCUAACAUGAUGCCUCCACCCAACCAGCUCCCUGCCCCAGACCAGCCCUUCCCUCUGCCAGUGAACAGAGAGGAGUCUAAGAUCCCCCGGGCCGGAACAGGCAAGAACUGGGUCUAUCCCUCGGAGCAGAUGUUCUGGAACGCCAUGCUCAGGAAGGGGUGGCGCUGGAAGGAAGAUGAACUGGGUCAGCAGGACAUGUCCAACAUCAUCAAGAUCCACAACACCAACAACGAGCAAGCAUGGCAGGAGAUUCUUAAGUGGGAGGCCCUCCAUGCCGGGGAAUGUCCAUGCGGUCCGUCCCUGAAACGGUUUGGUGGCAAAGCUAAGGAGUUCUCCCCAAGGGCUCGAAUGCGUCACUGGAUGGGAUAUGAAUUGCCAUUUGACCGUCAUGACUGGAUCGUGGACCGCUGUGGGAAGGAAGUCCGCUACGUGAUCGACUACUACGACGGAGAGAUCAACAAGGACACCUAUGAAUUCUCCAUCCUGGAUGUCCGCCCAGCUUUUGACUCUAUAGAUGCAGUCUGGGACAGGAUGAAGGUGGCUUGGUGGCGCUGGACCUCGUAAGCAGCAAACAAGCAAAACAUUGUAAAACAAGGUUUUCCAUUCUUCAUUUCGAUACUGAGAUGUUAUAAAAACGACAUCAACCAAGAAGACCCAUUCAAAACUGUCUGCAGUAAAUGCGUCAACACAUGACUGUAAUAUACCAGAUUUUCCAUCAUCAUAAUCAUAUUGAUUUCACAUUUGAUUUCACUGUUUGAUGUGUUUGAGGUGCUAACUGUGGGAUUUCCCCCCCCCCCUUCUUACAGCCUUUUUAUUUUAGACAAUAUGCCCUGUUCGUUUUGGUGGUAAAGAUCGUAACACUUCCGUUGAGUAUUUAUAAAAAAAACAAGAUGACAAGACCACUCAGUGCAUCUGUCUGGACUUAAUAUACUGUCGAGCUUUGCUACAUAGUGGCCUGUUUUAUUUGGAUCAUGCUGUCAAAACUCAUACUAUUCAGUUGCGUUUGUCUCUUGCUGUCUAUUAUAGUGAAAGUAAAACCGUAGUCAGCCAAGUCUUUUUAAAAUAUGCUUUUAGACUCUAUUCUGUUGUCAAACCUUUGAAUGUACUCAUUUAGCUUUUGUCUUAAACUACCCUUCCUGGUUUUGCAUUGCACAGUUACACAUAGUUCUAUUCAGAAUUGUAGCUAGUUUUCUUUCUGUUCUGACUAGUUAGAGAGCCAUGUCGUAUUUCCCAGUCAGCUACUGUGGGAAGCUAUGCUGAUUGAUUUUAUUUAUUGUCUGUGAGGUUAAUUUCUGUGUGUAUUGCUGCUUGUUUUCUAAAACGAUUUUAUUCCUGAUUAUCCAAACUACCAUUAAACGUGGUACUGUUGGCUCUGAAA